UUGGAUCUGUUAAUUGGAAAGAUUGAAAAACGGGGUGGAAAAAUCUCCGAGCAGACUUACAAUGAUCUGGAUUCGGCCAUCGAUUACGGGUGCAUUUUCACGACGGGUUGUGUGCAGGAAUGCAAUCGAUGUCGUUUAUGUGUUAGCAGUAAAGAACAAGUGAUCGCUGUCUUAACUGGAGGUCGACGCAAAUCUGCAGGUUAA